AGGAGUUUUAUUACCCGGAAAUACAGCAGAACCGUUGCUCCCAUAACCCUGCUUUAAGAUGGCUUUCAGAAUUGGACAUGUUAUCAACUACCUUCUGAACAUUUUGUUUGAAUACAGGUCAUAAUCGGAUGGUGUGUGGAAAUUAAACCGAAUUCAAGGGGGUUUUGGCCACUGAAACAGUGUCGGGUCUCGACGACACCUUCAGUUUCCCUUCGGUGUUCUGCACAGCGCUCGCUAUCAGUGCUGCUGCACUGGCUGUGCUGUUGAGUUUGUAAAUAUUAUCAGCUCUCCACAUAGACUCCAUUUAGAUCAGUGCUUUUGUUAAAAUGGCCACCAUGGAGAAGCUAAUGAAAGCGUUUGAGUCGCUUAAAUCAUUCCAGCAGCAGCAAGGCCCGCUGUCGGCCGAGGAGCUCGUCCAGAAACAAAAAAAAGACCUUGCUACAACCAAAAAGGACAGAGUGACUCAUUGCCUGACGAUAUGUGAAAACAUCGUGGCACAGUCGCUGAGGACAUCUCCAGAGUUCCAGAAACUGCUUGGAAUUGCUAUGGAAAUGUUCUUGCUGUGCAGCGACGACAAGGAGUCUGACGUCAGGAUGGUGGCAGAUGAGUGCCUAAACAAAAUCAUCAAAGCAUUGAUGGAUUCCAACUUGCCUAGACUGCAGCUUGAACUGUACAAAGAGAUUAAAAAGAAUGCUGCCUCUCGGAGUCUGCGGGCAGCCCUGUGGAGGUUUGCUGAGCUUGCUCACCUGGUGCGUCCACAGAAAUGCAGGCCGUACCUUGUGAAUCUGCUGCCAUGUCUGACACGGAUCACAAAACGUCAGGAAGAGACUGUGCAGGAAACUCUUUCUUCUUCAAUUCCUAAAAUCAUGUCUGCCCUUGGACACUUCGCCAAUGACGGAGAGAUCAAGAUGCUGCUGAAGGCUUUUGUUGCCAAUCUGAAGUCUAGUUCUCCCACUAUUCGCCGAACAGCGGCCAGCUCGGCUGUCAGUGUGUGUCAGCACUCACGCAGAACACACUACUUCUACACCUGGCUCCUCAACGUGCUUCUCGGUUUGGUGGUGCCAGUGGAUGAGGAACAUUCCAGUCACCUGAUUCUGGGUGUAUUACUGACGUUGCGCUACCUAAUGCCUCUUCUUCAGCAGCAGGCUCCUAACACUAGCCUGAAGGGCAGCUUUGGGCUUGUUCGUAAAGAGGCCGAUGUCACCCCUGCACCUGAGCAACUCAUUCAGGUCUAUGAACUGACCCUGCACUACACACAGCACUGGGAUCAUAAUGUGGUGACGGCAUCUUUGGAGCUUCUUCAGCAGAUGUUUCGCACUCCUCCCCCUGAACUCCUGAACGCGCUCAUCACAUGUGGCAAAAUCACACACACCAGCGUCUUCAGAGAAGAGACAGAGUGCCGUGCACGCAGUGGCAGCAUCCUCGAGCUUAUUGCCGGUGGGUCAACAUGCAGUCCUCUCCUCCUCAGGAAGCAGAAAGGUAAGCUGUUGUCGGGUGAAGAAGAGGGUUUGGAGGAUGACCCUGAGAGGGCAGAGGUCACCACUGGAUCCUUCACUGCCUCGGUCGGUGGCGAUAGCUCCAGUGAAGCUCCCUCAUCAUCAGGCGUUUCGUCUCUUGGCACAUCUGACAUCAUCACAGAGCAGCCACGGUCCUCCCAGCAUGCCUUGCAGCCAGGGGACUCAGUGGACCUGAGUGCAUCAGAGCAGGGUGUAGGGCCUGAUACUCCAGAUGAGGAAGAUGAGGAGGACAUGCUAAGCCGCAGCUCAAGCGGGGGCGCUGGGGUCGUCAGCACGUCUGGCGACUUAAUAACCGAUGUCAACCAGAUGUCAGUGGGAGCCGCGUCAUCGUCGCCCCCUAGUGACAGUUCCCAGACGACUACGGAGGGGCCGGACUCCGCCGUGACGCCUUCAGACUGCGCCGAGCUCGUGCUGGACGGCAGUGAGAGUCAGUACUCAGGGAUGCAGAUCGGCACACUGCAGGAUGAAGAAGAGGAGGGUGCAGCUCCACAACCUGAUAAACCUCCAGAGCCUUUCUCUCAGUCGGCACUGGCUUUAAGUAAGCCCCAUCUUCUGGAGGGAAAAGGUCACAACAGGCAAUCAUCUGACAGCAGUGUGGAUCGAUUCAUACCAAAGGAAGAGGUUCUGGAACCUGCAGAACUUGACAACAAGCCAUCUAAGAUUAAAGGAGAUAUUGGUCACUAUACUGACCCAAAGGAAGAGCCUCUGGUGCACUGUGUCCGGCUGUUGGCUGCCUCCUUCCUGCUCACCGGCCAAAGAAAUGGGCUGGUUCCUGAUAAUGAGGUGCGUGUGAGCGUUAAGGCGUUAGCCGUUAGCUGUGUGGGGGCAGCAGCAGCUCUUCUACCUGAAGCCUUCUUUAACCUACUCUACCUGCAGCCACUAGAUGGACAACAACCAGAUGAGCAACAGUACAUCAGUGAUAUACUGCAAUACAUUGAACAUGGAGAUCCUCAGAUCAGAGGAGCCACCGCCAUCCUGUGUGGGGCUUUAAUCCAAGCCAUCCAGCUCAAGACACGCUACAACACGGAGAUAUGGCUGUCCCAAAUCCACUGUGUCACAGGUAACUCUGUGACAAUCGAAAACUUUGUUCCUCUGCUGCAGCGAAGUCUAAAAGAUGAAUCUUCAGUCACGUGUAAAAUGGCCUGUGCUGCUGUUAGGCACUGUAUCAUGGCGUUGUGUAAUGGCAGUCUCAGUGAACUUGGCCUGCAGCUGCUCAUUGAUCUGAUGACCCUGAAGGACUGCUCUUAUUGGCUGGUUCGCACUGAGCUCUUAGAGACGCUUUCUGAGAUAGAUUUCCGGUUAAUAAGUUUUUUGGAGAGAAAAACUGAGAAGUUGCACAAAGGAGAGCAUCACUACACUGGGUUGUUGAGGCUACAGGACAGAGUUCUGAAUGAUGUUGUGCUUUAUCUACUGGGCGAUGAUGACCCACGUGUGAGACAUGUGGCAGCAAACACCAUCGGCAGGUUGGUGCCCAGGUUGUUCUAUGACUGUGACCAGGCUCAGACAGACCCAGUUGUGGCUAUAGCACGAGAUCAGAGCAGUGUGUACUUGCAGCUGCUGAUGCACGAGACCCAGCCUCCAUCACAGUUUACUGUCAGCACUAUCACACGAACAUACCGUGGCUACAAUCUGUGCCAGAACGCGCCGGAUGUUACCAUAGAGAACAACCUAUCUCGGGUCAUCACUGCCAUCUCCCAUGCCCUCACCUCCUCCACUUCCAGAGCCAUGACUUUUGGCUGUUGUGAGGCUCUGUACCUUUUGUCCAGCACCUUCCCAGUGUGCACCUGGAGCACAGGCUGGCACUGUGGCUUUGUGAGCUCUUCUGUCUUUCAUCUCAACCGCUCCAGCCAGUACCGCAGCCGAGGACGCUCCUUUAGUCUGUCUCAGUCUGGAAGUAGUGAAGAGGUGCGCAGGUCUCUGACGGUUGGCGUGGCCGGUAUGGUUUUGUCUCUCCUCUCCUCUGCUUGGUUUCCUCUUGAUCUCUCCGCCCAUCAGGCUGCUCUUCUACUGGCUGGAAACCUUCUUGCGGCUAUUGCACCAAAGUGCAUGAAGAGCCCAUGGGCCGGUGAGGAGGAAACUAACCCCGCCCCCUCUAAGGUGGAGGAGCCGUGGCCUGCCCUUAAUGACCGUUCUCUGGUUGUUAUGGUGGAGCAACUGUUCUCGCACCUGCUAAAGAUCCUAAACAUCUGCGCCCAUGUGCUGGAUGACACACCUCCAGGCCCUGCAGUCAAGGCUACUUUACCCUCAUUGGCCAACACUCCCUCUCUCAGUCCAAUCAGACGGAAGGGUAAAGAGAAGGAGAUGACGGAGCCAAGCAACACCCCCAUGAGCCCAAAGAAAGGAGGAGAGACCAACACAGGCAGAGCAGCAGACAGCACAGCAACGGCAGCGGUUAACAAGUCCACCACUAUGGGCAGCUUUUAUCACCUUCCUCCUUAUCUGAAGCUUUAUGAUGCACUGAGAGCUACACACGCUAACUACAAAGUCACAUUAGACCUUCACAACACCAAUGAGAAGUUUGGGGGUUUCCUGAGAUCAGCGCUUGAUGUCCUUUCACAGCUGCUUGAGUUGGCCACCCUGCAUGAUAUUGGCAAAUGUGUUGAAGAGAUCCUGGGCUACCUUAAGUCCUGUUUCUCACGGGAACCUACUAUGGCCACCGUGUGUGUUCAGCAGCUUUUGAAGGCGUUGUUUGGGACCAAUCUUGCCUCUCAGUAUGAGGGGGCUUCAUCUCACCCGUGUCGGUCCCAGGGCAAGGCCCUCCGGCUCGGCUCGACCAGCGUUAGACCUGGCCUCUACCAUUACUGCUUCAUGGCCCCUUACACUCACUUUACCCAGGCACUCGCAGACGCCAGCCUCAGAAACAUGGUGCAAGCUGAACAAGAACAGGAUGCCUCUGGGUGGUUUGAUGUCAUGCAAAAAGUCUCCAAUCAACUGAGGUCAAACAUCACCAAUGUCACUCGCCAUCGAGGAGACAAGAAUGCCAUUCAUAAUCACAUCCGUUUGUUUGAGCCGCUGGUGAUUAAAGCUCUGAAGCAGUACACCACCAGCACCUCAGUGGCCCUGCAAAGACAGGUGCUGGACCUACUCGCCCAACUUGUGCAGCUCCGGGUCAACUACUGUUUGCUUGAUUCAGACCAGGUAUUCAUUGGUUUCGUGCUGAAGCAGUUUGAGUAUAUUGAAGUGGGGCAGUUCAGGGACUCUGAAGAGAUUGUGCCCAACAUUUUCUUCUUCCUGGUUCUGCUGUCCUAUGAGCGCUACCACUCCAAACAGAUCAUCAGCAUCCCAAAGAUCAUUCAGCUGUGUGAUGGCAUCAUGGCCAGUGGCAGGAAGGCAGUAACGCAUGCAAUCCCUGCACUGCAGCCCAUAGUGCACGACCUCUUUGUGCUGAGAGGCUCCAAUAAAGCAGAUGCAGGAAAAGAGCUGGAAACUCAAAAGGAAGUGGUGGUGUCCAUGCUUCUACGCCUCGUUCAGCACCAUCAGGUGCUGGAGAUGUUUAUUCUGAUCCUACAGCAGUGCCAUAAAGAGAACGAAGAUAAGUGGAAGAGGCUUUCACGACAGAUUGCUGACAUCAUCCUGCCAAUGAUCGGCAAACAGCAAAUGCACCUGGACUCCCAUGAGGCAUUGGGUGUGUUAAACACACUGUUUGAGACAGUGGCUCCCUCCUCUCUGCGACCUGUAGACAUGCUACUGAAGAGCAUGUUCAUCACACCAUCUACCCUUGCAUCAGUGGGUACGGGGCAGUUGUGGGUGUCUGGGAUUCUCGCCAUCCUGCGUGUCCUAAUCUCGCAGUCCACAGAGGACAUCAUUCUGUCUCGUAUUCAGGAACUUUCACUGUCACCAUACCUCCUCUCCUGUCCCACUAUCUGUCGACUGUGUGACGAUGACUCCUCCCCUCCUGAAGCUCCGCCUACUACCAUGGAAGAUGCCAAUGGGGAGCCGCAGCGUUUCCCUCCUGAGGAAACAUUUGCUAGGUUCUUAUUGCAGUUGGUGGGGGUGUUGCUGGAUGAUAUCGCCACAAAGCAGGUGAAAGUUGACAUGAGCGAGCAGCAGCACACGUUCUACUGUCAGCAGCUGGGCACACUGCUCAUGUGUUUGAUCCACAUCUUCAAAUCAGGAAUGUUCCGGCGGAUCACGGCAGCGGGCAGCAGGCUUCUGAAGGCGGAGGGAGGGGAAGGGGGUCAUUUUUAUACCCUGGAGGGUCUGAACAGCCUGGUGCUCCAGCUCAUAACCACACACCCAUCUCUGGUCCUGCUCUGGUGUCAGGUCCUUCUCAUCAUCAACUACACCAACUACACCUGGUGGUCCGAGGUGCAUCAGACCCCCAGGAGGCACAGUCUGUCCAGCACUAAGCUGCUGAGCCCGCACUCAUCUGGAGAGGAGGAGAGGCCCGAGGGGAAGCUGGCUAUGUGUAACAGAGAGAUUGUCCGACGAGGAGCCCUUAUCCUCUUCUGUGACUAUGUGUGUCAGAACCUGCACGACUCUGAGCAUCUGACGUGGCUGACUGUAAAUCACGUGAGCGAUCUGAUUAGUCUCUCCCAUGAGCCUCCAGUGCAGGAUCUCAUCAGUGCUGUGCACCGAAAUUCGGCAGCCAGCGGACUCUUCAUACAGGCCAUACAAUCACGCUGCGACAACCUUUCUACUCCGGUGAUGCUGAAGAAGACCCUGCAGUGUCUGGAGGGCAUUCAUCUAAGUCAGUCUGGGGCUCUGCUCAUGCUAUACGUAGACAAACUACUCAACACGCCGUUCCGUGUGCUGGCUCGCAUGGUGGAUACACUCGCCUGCAGACGUGUGGAGAUGCUGCUUGCAGAGACCCUGCAGAAUAGUGUCGCUCAGCUACCACUGGAGGAGCUGGACAGGAUUCAGCAGUACCUACAGACCAGUGGCCUUGCACAAAGGCAUCAGCGGUUCUACUCCCUGCUGGACAGGUUCAGAGCCACUGUUGCUGAAGAUACCACAAGCCCUACUGCACCCAUUACCACACACCCACUGGAUGGUGACCCUCCCCCUCCCCCUGAAAAUGUGGAACCCAAUAAGGAGUGGUAUGUUGCUCUGGUGAAAUCUCAGUGUUGUUUGAGAGGUGAAGGAGCUCUGUAUGAAAAUACUGAGCUCUUGACAAAACUUCCCCAAUCUGACCUAAACACAAUCAUGACCUGCAAGGACUUCAACCUGUGUCUGCUGGCAUCAUGUCUGAGUGUUGGGGUACAGAGGGUAUGUAAGGAUCAUGGGGCGGUUUUAUUUGACACUGCUCAACAGGUGGCCUUCGAUAGAUUGGCUGGUGUCAUAGAGCUCCUCCCCUCGCCUCAUCAGCCCCUCCUCGCCUCCGCUAAGACGUGUACGGACUACUGGCAGAAGCUUAAUCAAGUAUACGGUGAGCCUGGGUUUUAUCAGACUGUGUUGAGUCUGUGUGGCGUUUUGAGUCAGUACCUGCUGUCUCUGUCCAAAUUGCCGUCCUCACUGCACAUUCCCAAAGACAGAGAGACACUCAUUACCACCUUCAGCACCCUCGCCAUAGAGGUGGUGGUUUGGCGUUUGCUGCAGGAUCAGCUGCCUCUGAGUGUGGACAUGCAGAUGAGUCUGUCGUGUCUGUGUCUGGCUCUCCAGCAGCCGGCGGUGUGGACACACUUUGCCUCUCACUCCUACCUCACACACACCUGCUCCAUCAUCCACUGUAUAGAGCUCCUCAUCCACGCAGUCGCUGUUGGUCCUGGCGACCAACUUUUAAGGCCGGAGAGGAAAACAUCACAAACAGACCAGUCAGAAGACCAGUUGGACUCUGCAGACAACCAGCGUGAAUGGCGGUGUUGUGUGAUCAUGGCUGAGCUGGUUGAAGGUCUACAGAGUGUGCUGGCUCUGGGUCACCAUAGAAACAAGAACAUCCCGGCAUUCCUUACGCCCACCCUACAGAACGUCAUUAUCAGCCUGGCCAGGCUUCCCCUUGUGAACAGCUACACCCGAGUCCCACCACUGGUCUGGAAGCUGGGCUGGUCCCCCAGGCCGAGUGGAGAUUUUGGCACAGCAUUACCAGAGAUCCCUGUAGAGUUCCUGCAGGAGAAAGAUGUCUUCAGAGAGUUCCUCUAUCGCAUUAACACUCUGGGCUGGAGUAGUCGGACACAGUUUGAGGAGACGUGGGCCACUUUGUUGGGGGUGCUGGUCACUCAGCCAAUCACGAUGGACCAAGAGGAGGAAACCCAGCAAGAGGAGGAUCUGGAGAGGACUCAGAUAAAUGUACUGGCGGUUCAGGCCAUCACCUCUCUGGUGCUGAGUGCCAUGACUCUGCCGACAGCAGGAAAUCCAGCUAUCAGCUGUCCUGAACAGCAACCCCGCAACAAAAUCCUUAAAGCUCUGGACACCAGGUUUGGUCGUAAGCUGAGUGUGAUUAGAGGUAUGGUUGAGCGUGAGAUUCAGGCCAUGGUGUCAAAGAGAGACAACAUUGCCACACACUUCCCUUAUCAAGCCUGGGACCCUGUGCCCUCUUUAUCUUCCUCAACAGCAGGCACUCUCAUCAGUCAUGAGAAACUCCUGCUGCAGAUUAAUACAGAAAGGGAGAUGGGCAACAUGGACUACAAACUGGGCCAAGUGUCGAUUCACUCAGUAUGGUUGGGAAAUAACAUCACCCCUCUGAGGGAGGAGGAGUGGGGUGAGGAUGAGGAAGAUGAAGCAGAUGCUCCAGCACCUGCAUCACCACCAUUAUCACCAAUCAACUCCAGGAAGCACCGUGCUGGGGUUGACAUCCACUCCUGCUCUCAGUUCCUCCUGGAGCUGUACAGCCAGUGGAUUCUCCCUGGCAGCCCAAGCAGCAAGAAGACUCCUGUUGUGCUAAUCAGUGAGGUUGUCAGAUCGCUGCUGGCAGUGUCUGAUCUGUUCACCGAGAGGAAUCAGUUUGAUAUGAUGUUCUCCACUCUGACUGAGCUGCAGAAAGUCCAUCCACCAGAAGAUGAGAUCCUCAGCCAGUACCUUGUGCCAGCUAUCUGCAAAGCAGCCGCAGUGCUUGGCAUGGAUAAAGCCAUUGCAGAGCCUGUGUGCCGUCUUCUGGAGAGCACCUUGCGCAGCACUCAUCUGCCCAGUCGGAUCGGUGCUCUUCAUGGAGUUCUGUACGUGCUGGAGUGCGAUCUGCUGGACGAUACAGCACGGCAGCUUAUCCCUACUGUCAGUGAAUACCUGCUCUCCAACCUUAAAGCUAUAGCACACUGUGUGAAUCUACACAACCAGCAGCACGUGUUGGUGAUGUGUGCCGUGGCAUUCUACAUGAUGGAGAACUACCCCCUGGAUGUAGGGCCUGAGUUCAAUGCCGGGAUCAUUCAGCUGUGCUGUAUGAUGCUGUCUGCUACCGAGGAGGCCACACCAUCCAUCAUCUACCACUGCGUCCUGCGAGGUAUGGAGCGGUUGCUUCUGUCCGAGCAGCUGUCGCGAAUGGACGCAGAGACGCUGGUCAAGCUGAGCGUUGACCGUGUGAACAUGCCCAGCCCACACCGUGCCAUGGCUGCCCUGGGUCUCAUGCUCACCUGCAUGUACACAGGUGUGGCUGGAGAGGAAGGGAAGGAGAAGGGAAGUCCUGGGCGCCCUGCUGAUGCAGACCCCACAGCUCCUGAUAGCGAGUCAGUCAUUGUCGCAAUGGAGCGGGUAUCUGUUCUGUUUGACAGGAUUCGUAAAGGCUUUCCAAGUGAGGCACGAGUGGUAGCUCGGAUCCUUCCUCAGUUCCUGGAUGACUUUUUCCCACUGCAAGACGUCAUGAACAAAGUCAUUGGAGAGUUCCUGUCCAAUCAGCAGCCUUACCCACAAUUCAUGGCUACAGUGGUCUACAAGGUAUUUCAAACACUUCAUGCAACUGGGCAGUCCUCCAUGGUCCGUGAUUGGGUGCUACUCUCGCUGUCAAACUUCACACAGAGAACACCUGUCGCCAUGGCAAUGUGGAGCCUGUCCUGUUUCUUUGUCAGUGCCUCGACCAGCCAAUGGAUCUCUGCCCUCCUGCCUCAUGUCAUCAGUCGCAUGGGAAAGUCUGACACAGUGGACAUUAGCCUCUUUUGUCUGGUUGCUAUGGAUUUCUACCGACACCAGAUCGAUGAGGAGUUAGACCGCAGGGCCUUCCAGUCUGUCUUUGAGAUGGUGGCUUCACCUGGUAGUCCGUAUUACCAACUACUGUGCUGUUUGCAGAGCAUUCACCAAGACACGUCACUAUAAAACAGACCAUAUGAGACAGAACAAUAAUAAUAAUAAUAAUAUAUAUAUAUAUAUAUAUAUAUAUAUAUAUAUAUAUAUAUAUAUAUAUAUAUAUAUAUAUAUAUAUAUGAAUAACAAUAAUGUAUCUACAAGGCAAAUUAGACAUAAAAAAUGGUAAUAUAAUACCAGAGCAGAAGGCAUCACACUUAUAAGAACGUUACACACCAGGAUGCAUGGCAACAAUGUAUGGAAUGGGAUGUAUGGAACGGGAUCGGCUGCUAUGAUAGUAUCCGUGAUAUACCAGAGGACAUUGAUCCAAAUAGUUCAUUGUUAUUAGAGACAGUGGGACCAAUCCAAACAAGACUGCACAUCCACUGAAGUAUGUGGCCACAAUGCACCAGAACAUCAGUAAUCUGUAAUUUAAAGAAGAAUAGUAGUGCUACCAUCAGAAUAUUUGACUGGUGUCUAUAUGGAUGCUUGUCCUCUCCAUAUUUUGUAUGCAUAAAUGCUCUUCAUCUGGUAUCAGAGAAUGUUACUGUGGCAAAACUGUAAGGCUGGUCACAAAGUUUUAUUGGUAGUGCAGUCAAAACUGACGACGUGUCUCCAUCAUUAGAAACACAAUGUUCUAAGAGAAUUUUCAGCUAUAAACAAACUGACUGAAGAACAUAUUAUAGUGAAUGUUCUUACAAAUAUCUUGCAAACACUGUUAAAAUAUCUCCUGCACUUCCGGAAUUCAGCCGAUCCAAGAUUAGAUCUUUUAGUCCGCAGACCUGGAGUUCAGGUACUCCCAGAUAUGUAUCGUCCAACCUGGCUAAAAUCAGUACAUCCGGGUAUUUUACACAAUGCCCUCCUCUCCACCAGUCCAUACUCUCCUGCUCCCUUAGAAACGGAAGACACUGUCUUUCAUAAACCCACCACCCCCUCAGUUUAAAAUCAUUCCUUUUGCAUGGGCAAUGCAUUGCUUUGCUCUGUGUUUGCUGGCACUUGAAGCGAAAAUGGAUUGUAAAUUGAAUUUGUAUAUCCCCUCUAAUGUGGAAGAGGUUGCAUAAGACUAUUGAUAUAAGAUUUUUGUGCAUUUAAAUGUAAAAUGUGUUUGACUUACUGAGUAAGAGGGGUGAAUUGCCUGAAACAAAGUUUAUUUUUCUUCUUAAAAUUCAGUUGUCUAUAUUUGUUUUUAAGUUGACACAUUUUUUAAGAUGGAGAAAAAACAGAUCACAAAUGUGAAUCACUGAAGUCCUUUUGUAUGGAGAGGGCUUGAAAUAGCUAUAGCAGUUACUGUAGGUUUUUAGAUGAGGGUUUCUACAUAUAAAAAUUACCGCUCAAAUCUACAUACUGUGUCCCUUGCAACACAUCUGCAGUUAUUUGUUAAAUUUCUUUUAAAAGCUCAGGACGUAAGAUAUGAUUAUUGAUCUAGUGUAAUGACUGGAAGUAUGUAUUUUAAUCUAUAGAGUGUUUACAUCAAUGUACAAUUUGUGUAAAAGAAAUAAUAUUUGUGAUUAAAUGAAUAAACUGUGGUGCAUGACAACACCCAUCGGUGGACAUGA